AUGUGGCGUGCCCGCUGACAGGUGAAGUGCUCCCGCUCUCCGUCCUCUUGGGGACCACGGGGCUGUGCCGCCUCCCGCCCUUGACGGUUGAAGUCAUCGUUGUGCGGGCACACAGUGGCCGCCCAUGGAGAAGGACGGGCGGGACGGUGAUGGCGGCCCCCGUGGCCCGGUACUGCACAUCGUGGUGGUCGGCUUUCACCACAAGAAAGGCUGCCAGGUUGAAUUCUCUUACCCGCCCCUGAUUCCAGGAGAUGGACAUGACAGCCACACUUUACCUGAAGAAUGGAAGUAUUUGCCCUUCCUUGCCUUACCAGAUGGUGCACACAACUAUCAAGAAGAUACUGUGUAUUUUCACCUGCCACCCAGAAAUGGAAAUGGAGCCACAAUAUAUGGAAUCUCAUGCUAUCGACAAAUUGAAGCCAAGGCAUUGAAAGUAAGACAAGCAGAUGUCACCAGAGAAACCGUUCAGAAAAGUGUCUGUGUUCUAAGCAAGCUGCCUCUGUAUGGCUUACUGCAAGCAAAACUUCAACUCAUUACACAUGCAUAUUUUGAAGAAAAGGAUUUUUCCCAAAUUUCCAUUCUAAAGGAGCUUUAUGAACACAUGAAUAACUCCUUGGGAGGAACGUCAUUGGAAGGAUCCCAAGUUUACCUUGGUCUGUCUCCUCGAGAUCUUGUCCUUCAUUUUCGACACAAGGUCUUAAUCCUAUUUAAACUGAUUCUUCUUGAGAAAAAGGUUCUCUUUUAUAUUUCUCCAGUGAAUAAAUUGGUGGGUACACUGAUGACUGUGUUAUCCCUUUUUCCAGGCAUGAUUGAACAUGGUCUCAGUGACUGUUCUCAGUAUAGACCCCGAAAAAGUAUGUCUGAAGAUGCUGGACUUCAGGAAACAAACCCUACUGCAGAAGACUUUGUUUCUGUGUCUACACCCGACAUGUCAAAUAGCAUCUCGGGAACUGUUAAGAAAACCAUGACAAGAAACCAUGGAGAAGAUGCUGCCAUCAAAACCGAAGAACCUUUGUUCCAAGUAGAAAAUGACAACAGCAAAGGAUUGGAACCCAAUAACACUAAUCAAUUUUUGAAGCCUCCUUCCCGCCCAUCUCCGGAGUCUUCAGAAAGUGAUUGGGAAACAUUGGAUCCUAGUAUAUUAGAGGACCCCAACUUGAAAGAAAGGGAACAAAUGGGGUCAGAACAGAUAGACUUAUUUCCAAAGGACUCUGUGCCCUCAGACAGUCCUCCAAUUACUGUACAACCUCAAGCUAAUACAGGACAGCUGGUCCUGAUGCCAGGACUAAUAUCGGGUUUGGAAGAGGACCAGUAUGGCAUGCCCCUGGCAGUCUUCACAAAGAUAGGGAAGAUGAAUUUAGGCCAGUCAGUUGGGGGAGCUUUUUCAAGUGCAAAGACAGCCAUGUCUUCUUGGCUUUCUACUUUUACCAACACCCCCCCUCAAAGUCUCACUGAGCCACCUGAUGGGAAGCCCUGA